AUGGGGAUAUUUGAAGAAAUGGGUUUCUAUGGAAAUCUUGAUUUCCUUGCAGCUCCGCCGUGUGAAGGGGAUAGGCCGCCGGAAGUUGAGCAAGAGGCACCAAUGGAGGACGAUUACAGUGAUGAAGAAAUGGAUGUUGAUGAACUGGAAAGGAGAAUGUGGAGAGAUCGAAUGCUUUUGAGGCGACUUAAAGAUCAAAACAAAGGUAAAGAAGUCGAUAACGCCAAACAACGUCAAUCUCAAGAACAAGCAAGACGAAAGAAAAUGUCUCGUGCACAAGAUGGGAUCUUGAAAUACAUGCUUAAAAUGAUGGAAGUUUGUAAGGCUCAAGGGUUUGUCUACGGAAUCAUCCCGGAGAAUGGAAAACCGGUGAGUGGAGCCUCCGACAACCUCCGUGCCUGGUGGAAGGAAAAAGUCCGGUUUGACAGAAACGGCCCGGCGGCGAUCGCCAAAUACCAAGCCGACCAUUCAGUUUCCGGGAAGAACGAGGACAGUUGCGCCGUCGUCUCCACUCCUCACACUCUACAAGAGCUUCAGGACACCACACUUGGGUCCCUUUUAUCUGCUCUAAUGCAGCACUGCGAUCCUCCGCAGAGGAGGUUUCCAUUGGAGAAAGGGGUUGCGCCGCCGUGGUGGCCCACCGGAGACGAAGAAUGGUGGUCUCAGCUAGGUCUCCCGAAAGAACAGGGGACCCCACCCUACAAGAAACCUCACGAUCUGAAAAAAGCUUGGAAAGUCGGUGUUUUGACGGCGGUGAUUAAGCAUAUGUCGCCGGACAUAGCUAAAAUUCGCAAGCUUGUUAGGCAAUCGAAAUGUUUACAAGAUAAGAUGACAGCGAAAGAGAGCGCCACGUGGCUUGCGAUUAUCAACCAAGAGGAAGCGCUUUCCCGGAAGCUAUAUCCCGAUAGCUGUCCGCCGAUAUCUUCCGCCGCCGGCAGUGGGUCGUAUCUCGUCAGCGACACCAGCGACUACGACGUCGAUGGUGUUGAAGAUGAACACACAAUCGAAGUAGAAGAUUGCAAGCCCGUUUACAAUUUGGGCCAAGUUGGGCUCAUGGGCUCUAUGGUCCCACAACUAGCCCAAGUCAAGGGUGAGCUCAUCGACAUAGCGUCUCCGGAGACUUUUAUACAGAAACGGAAGCAACCAUCUGAUGAGCGGCAGCCGCCGCCUCCGGCGGCGAUGGAACCCAAGAUCUACACAUGCGAGCAUUCUCAGUGUCCUUACAGUGACAUUCGGGUCGGGUUUCAGGACAGAUUUUCAAGAAACAAUCACCAGAUGAGUUGUCCCUAUCGCCCGACCCCUAAUCCUAAUCAGAACCCUUCUCGCGGCGGAACCCUAAACUUCCAAAUUAACAACCUCCAGAAAGAACCGGUUUUCGCUAUGCCGUCGUUUGCUCAGCCCAAGAUCACCACCGCUCCCGCCGUGAACCAGGAGAAUCAAUUUGUUAGUUCGCAACUUGGACUUCCGGGAGAUGGUCAACGGGUGAUUUCUGAUCUCAUGUCGUUCUAUGAUACCAAUCUUCAACAACCCAACAGAAAUCUUAACUCCGGGAAUCUUGACGUCGUCGGCGUCGGCGACCACCAGAAGCAAAAAUUUCCGAUCCAGAUCGACGAUGAUUUUUUUGUACACAGCGUUGAAUCCAACAAUCAAUCGACGUUCUUACCAACAACAGGGUUCCAUUUCGAGAACAAAACACCAUACAAUCCUGCUUUUGAUGCAAACAGUAACCUGGAUUUCAGAUUUGUUUCGCAGUCGCCUUUCAGUCUAGGAGGAGUUGACUUUUCCGGCGAUCCAACUCCGGCGCCGGAUAUGUCCAUGUGGUAUCUGUGA